AAAUUCCCUCACCUCCUCCCUCACACUAAUUCAGUUUCCCAUUCUCAAAAUUCAUUCUUUGAUGAUGGCUGAGGAGGAUCGGAAGGAAGUUCAGCAGGGGGUUCCACUAGCGGAGGAGGUGCGUGAGGUGCCGGAUGUGCAGGCUGCUGCAGUUGAGAGAGAGCUUCCUCCGGUGCCGGAAGAGGAAGCAGUGAAGCCCAAGCAAGAGGAGCAGAUUUUGAAGGAUUCUGAUAAGGAGAAGAUUCCUCAAUCUGGUUUUUUUAAAGAAGAGAGCACCAGGGUUGCUGAUCUUUCCGAGAAUGAGAAGAAGGCGUUUCAGGAGUUUAAGCAGCUUGUUCAGGAUGCGCUGAACAACCAUGAGUUCAGUGCGGGAACAACACCGCUACCACAGGAGACGACCAAGGAGGAGGAGAAGAAGGGGGAGGAUCAGGUGGUAGAAGAAGUUGGAAAAGCAGAGGCUGAAACAGAAAAGGAAGACAAUGUGGCGGCUGAAGAAACAGAGCAGCCACCGGCGGGAGAGACAAAAACUGAUGUUGCCGAUGACGACGGCGCCAAGACAGUGGAGGCCAUCGAAGAGACAGUCGUUGCAGUUUCUACUUCGGUUCAACCAGAACAGCCACAGGUGGCCGAAGUGAAACCCGAUGUGGGUUCAUCCGAAGGAUCGAAAACAGAGAAAAUAGAGGCUCAAAUUCCACCGGAGCAAGUUUCCAUCUGGGGCAUCCCACUUCUUGCCGAUAAGAGAAGCGACGUAAUUCUCUUGAAAUUUCUCCGAGCCAGAGAUUUCAAGGUCAAGGACGCAUUCACCAUGAUCAAGAACACAAUUCGCUGGAGAAAGGAAUUCGGCAUUGACGAAUUGAUUGAGCAAGACCUGGGAUUGGGCGAUGAUCUGGAGAACGUGGUAUUCAUGCACGGCGUUGAUAAAGAAGGACAUCCGGUGUGCUAUAAUGUUUACGGUGAAUUCCGAAACAAGGAUCUUUACCGGAAAAUAUUUUCCGAUGAGGAAAAGAGGCUGAAGUUCUUGAGGUGGAGAAUCCAAUUCCUGGAAAAAAGCAUAAGGAAAUUGGAUUUCUCCCCUGGUGGAAUUUCCACCUUUGUUCAGGUCAAUGACUUGAAGAAUUCACCUGGAUGGGAGCUUAGGCAGACUACCAAACAGGCCCUUCAAUUGCUCCAAGACAAUUACCCUGAAUUUGCAGCAAAACAGGUGUUCAUCAAUGUGCCGUGGUGGUACCUCGCAUUCAACAAGAUGAUUAGUCCAUUCUUGACACACAGAACCAGAAGCAAGUUUGUCUUUGCUGGUCCUUCAAAAUCUGUAGAAACCCUUUUGAGGUAUAUUGCUGCAGAACAAGUCCCAGUUAAAUAUGGGGGCCUAAGCAAAGAAGGUGAAUUUGCCACCACAGAUACCGUGACGGAGAUAACAGUGAAGCCAUCAUCCAAACACACGGUAGAAUUCCCCGUAUCUGAGACAUGCCUUCUGACAUGGGAAUUAAGGGUGGUCGGAUGGGAAGUGAGCUACGGUGCAGAGUUUGUGCCGAUGGCAGAAGAUAGCUACACUGUGAUCAUCCAGAAGACCCGGAAAGUCGGUGCCGGAGAAGAACCGGUGGUGUGCAGCAGCUUCAAGUCCGUCGAGCCGGGGAAGGUUGUUAUUACCAUUGGCAAUCCUACUUCUAAGAAGAAGAAGUUUCUCUACCGCUUGAAGACCAAGCCAACUACUGAUUGAGAUAAACCAGUCAAACCGGAGCUUGAAGGAGAAUGAGAAGCAUUUUUUUUUUUUUGGCAUUGUU